CGCUAGAGGGCGCAGAAAUGACAUUAUGAAUAGGACGCAUUAUUCUCUCAUACUGGGCGGUAUUAUCAGCUGAAACUGGAUGCUAGCUUGUUGGCAGUUGCAUAAAAGAAUCGAAGGGAAGCUUUAACUCUGUUAUAGCUGCUUAGGAAAACGAGAUCUCAUGGACUCCAGCAGUGACGAUGGGGAGUACCAAAGUCCUAAACAUGCAUCAAAACAGGAUGUAUCCCAGUACAGAGUGACCUAUCCUCAUGGCAGAAACACAAAGGAUGUGAGCUGGGUGGUGGACUAUGAUAAAAAUGAGGAGUUCACAAAAAGAAGGUAUCCGGUGAGUCGGUCUGGCAACAAUCCAGGCAGAGUGAAACGGGUGGUGUCAUGUAAAAGGAAGACCCAUCACAUGACGGUGGCUCGGAGGAAGCAGCUCGGGAGCGGGAGGACUUGCGAUGCUGCAAACAAGGAGAAUGAGAUGAUGUACAGGCAGGAUAUGCAACAGGAGAUAUUCGACAUGGACCCUUUGGAGUUUCCACUAAAUGCCAAUAAUAACCACAGGACCGGCAGAGCUGCUUCUGAGAGAGCUGAUUACUGUAUUCUCACUGAGCUAACAAGGGAUCAUAGCACAAUGACUGAUGUGCUCUUUGCAAGAAAUCUAAGACUGAAAGUGUCUUUAACAUUGUGGCAGAGAAAUGUUGGAGAGCUGCUCACAUACUUUCUGAGAACCCAAGAUAUUGGUGUGUUUGUUGAUUUUCUCCCUCUGCUAAGCAAAAGAAUUGAUGAGGAUUCCCCCAGGAUCACCAUUGGCUGUUGUGUUGACAUCUUUCCUUUAGUUAAGAAAGUCCUCAGCAAUCCAUAUGAAGAGUAUCUUCUUGUUGGUUUAAAGUGGAUAAAUUCAGUUUUGAAAAACUGGGGUGAGGAACUAAGAGCCAGUGGCUUUUGUGGAUCAACUAAAUUUCCAUUGGAUGAAAAUUUCCAGGUCUUUAAUCAGCGUUUAUUGGAGUUAUGGCAUCAAGAACCUUUACUGAAAUCUGUUCCAGGAACUGCUGGGGACAUGGCAAAGGUCAUCGAUUCCUUCCUGUCUCAACUGACUUGACAACAAUGAAGAACCCAAUAACAAAUUGCUCUCUGGCAGCAGCUACACAAAAUUCGAAGACUCCAGUAUCAUUAAAGUGAAGCUGCUGCAGAGAAGUGCCUUUUAGCUUAUACUACAGCCUGUCCUAAGGUGUGUCUGUAGACCAUAACAACUUGAACAGAAAUACUGAGGGGAUACUGAGUGCAAUAUGCGAUUGUCUUUUCAUUGGCCAAGAUAAUUAUGACGAGAAGAAGAUUUUUUAUCAUUGUGCACUUUAAAUUAUAUCACAGGAACUUUCAUGAACGCAAGAAUGAAUGUAAGAAUUUACUCUUUAGUGAUAUGUUGUGUGUGUGUCUACGCUGGAGCUGAAUUAAAUUUGCAUUUUUCGUUUUAAGGUUGUGUUAGGUGGUAUUAAAAUGAACAUUUUCUGCAUUCAAAAUAAAGGGUGCAGUCCCUG